AGUGAGUGUUUGCGUGUCAACUGAUGCGGUCAGGAAAAUCUUAUUUCCCGCGCUUUUUUGCCAUCUCAGCCUGAGAAUCACCUGAGAUUCUGUGAGACACAGAAAUUCUUUGCCUCCUUCUUUUCCUCGUUCGCCUCUUACGUAAGAUCUGCUAAUGAGGAUUUUUUAACAGUGAUUUUUUAAUGUGAAUACAGUGUGACUUUUGUUACUGAAAGUGAUGCCUAAUCGCUUUUACGAAAGAGUUGAGUGAUAAAGUUAAUUUACGUGAAGUGUCGAUAUUCUAUUUAAAAGGGGUUCUUUAGAACAAUUUACAGCUCUUUCUUACCACAAAUUCUGCUAUUUUCUGUCUUUCAAGUGCAUUAAGUGAAGGUGGAAAAGAUCGUAAAUUACUUUGCAGAUACGAAGCAAUCAGGGAUGAAGUGCAACAAACAAGUGUGUAAAACAUAAAAUUAACAAAAAAAACUGUGAGAUAAGAAAAGUGCGAUAUUGAAUAAGUUGAAUAUAAUAAGUUAAAGAGAUCGAAAUGUGCAUCUUCUACAUAAAUCGUGAGAUGGUGGUAAAUGAGUAAAAAGACGACGCAAAUAUGUGAUUAUGUGUCGGCAGGGUGGAUAAAUCAUAAGGAAAGAGAGAGGUGAGAACCUGUUGAUUGAUUGAGGGAAUCUCUUUCAUACCAAUCUCGGUCACUAGUCAUCUAUUGGCCCAGAGCUAGACAAUAUGCCAUCAGGAUUCCGAUCUAAUGGGAUUGCUGCUGCUCCAAACACACCGAACGGCCACCUCAAUGGUGCUAAGGUGAGGCAACCUUGGGCAACGGUUCAGGGACUAGAUCAUGCUUCCACACUCUCGCGCACACGAUCGAUUGAGCCACAAUUUCAAACUACCACACAUCAUCAGGGAAAUGGAACACUUCCAUCUGGCAGGACAUCCCUCAAUGGAUUGCUCACACGAAAUCAAAAUGGUCUGCACGAAGACAUUGAUUUUCCACUCACUACACGAACCAUUUCACGCAAAAAGAAUAUUACAUGGAUGCGACCUCACGAUAUGUGUGCCAGACCACAGUUUCGGUUAUCCCCUAGCGGUUGUGUCUUGGCCGCCAGAGAAUUACCUGAACCACAUGGACCAGGCGAUCCUAAUCUUUUGGCGGCCAUCGGAUGCCUGUCGCAAUUCCCGAAGCUGCUGGAGCGCGUGGCCCCGUCGGAUCAGAGUUUUGACGUGGCAAACGGGUACAUUGGAAUGUUCAGAUUCCGAUUCUGGCAAUGGGGAAAAUGGGUUGAAGUCCGUGUGGAUGAUCGUCUUCCGACACGGGGUGAUCGUCCUGCCCAUAUGCACUGCUCUCAACCGGAUAUAUUCUGGGCAGCAUUGCUUGAGAAGGCCUACGCAAAAUUAUAUGGGGGCUACGCUUUCCUCAAGUACGGCAGCGUAGGUCGAGCCAUUCAGGAUCUCACGGGGGCUGUUGUGCAGAGUGUUCCACCCAGUGGACCACUUCUGGGUGGUGCAGUACCUAGGUCCACCCUUCUCCUGGCCAUUACACAUCCUGACAAAGGCACCAAACAUCGACGAUCAGGAUUACUUGCCGAACAUCCUUAUUGUAUAACGGGACUGGCACGUAUUAGAACAACCCCAUCAGAUGCCCCACCAACUGCAGCUGCUACACACGAUACCAAUCUUAUUCGCCUCAGGAGUCCAUGGGCAGGAGGAGAAUGGGGUGGAGUAUGGGGAGGUGCAUGGUCUGAACGAAGCUGGGAAUGGAAUGCCCUGAGUGAAAGAGAUCGAGAUCUUUUGGCAUCUAGAUCACAGAAUGAAGGAGAAUUCUGGAUGGCAGUUCCUGAAUUUCUACAGCGUUUUUCCGUCAUCUGGCUGGCUCACAUCUCGCCAGAUGAUUGGGCACUUGAACCAGCUUUACAUUCCCGAUCUCCAUGGAGAGCUGCUCUAGCACUACGCCAAUGGAGGCCAGGCUUCAAUGCCGGUGGACCACAUAGGCAUGUGGAAACCACAGCAACAAAUCCUCAAUUCAGGAUUCGUGUUCCAGGAGCAGCAUCAAAAGCUCAUGUGGUAGUGGCUGUGGCACAAAAGUACGAGUGCUUUAGAAGUCGCCACGAUGAGGAAGCAGAAAUUGGAUUCACUAUCUAUGAGGUUCCCCCUGGAAUGCCUCGUGUCACUCCACAAUUCGUGAGUGAACAGAUGCCUCUGGACUUUGCGCCAAUGCAGAAUGUACGAGAAGUGGUCACGUUCUUUGCCUUGCCACCGGGAGAUUUUGUCGUUCUUCCGCAUAGCACUCAGCACCGUGAAGGAAAAUUUCUAGUACGCAUCCUGGCAGAUCAGCAUGCUGAUGUUUGGGAAGUUAAUGAGGACAAUGUGGUCAUCCAGAACAUUGCAGCAGAAUUUAUGGAGGAAAGAAGUGUCGAUUGUCGACUCCUAUAUAGACUGAGAACACGGUAUCCAGCUGAAAUCGACGCAGGACAAUUGCAAUCGAUCCUGCGAACAAACGGAUGCACUUUUGGGCGGACCCUGCGUGGUCUAUCGCCUCUCGGUGGUCCUUCAUUGGACCUCUGUAGAGCAUUACUGGCACUUAGGGAUCCUGCUCUGGGUGGUCGUCUGUCUAUUGAGCAUGUUCCAACUCUUAUGAAUCUUCUGCGAUUUUGGAAGGCGGCAUUUAGACGCUGUGGCCCUUCCAGUGGCGGAACACUGUCAUUCAGUCGGAGUACUUGGGGCUCCAGGGUGUCCUCAUACAGUCUGAGGGGGCUGCUGUGGGCAAGCGGGGCCACAGCAAGUAAUAAAGUGCUAGAGGCCCUUGUUGGGCGGUUCUGUCGCAAUAAACAGAUCACUCUCGAGGGUUACCUUAUGUCCAUGGCACGUUUGCACCUGGCACAUGAACGCUACCACAGUUUGGACACAAAGGCAAAAGCAAAUCCACUGACCUUAGAAGAGAUGAUUCUAAUGACGAUCUAUUCCUGAGACCUUUAUCGGCGGCCGCAACAUUUGAUUGUGCAAACACCCGCUGACUUUUGAGCCAAAGAGCAACAACAAUUGAACUGGAUUUAUGCAAUACUAUAUACAAACAUAAUUUUCUUUAGACAAAAACUAAAAAUUACGAGAGCAAAGACCCCAAAUAUUUAGCUAUUAACUAUCACUCCACAGACAAAUCUAAUUUAUAUCCGUCCUUUUCCUUUCCCUGAAAUUGUUUUAAUAUAUUUACAAAAAAAAAAAAUGUAAUUUUUAAAUUAAUAUAUUUGAGAGAGAUUUUGAAAUAAAUCACUUUUUUGUUAGUAUUUUGCGA